AAAGCAAAUGCACUCUCAGUUGAAGAGGAAAGGAGCUUCAGCAAAGGACAUAUUUGUGAUGUUGUGAAAUGAUGUUUCUCGUGGGGUGAUUUUAAGCACUUUUGACGCUUUACGACCAUGGAAGAACCCGUCUCACAUAUUAAAGCAGCAAAAUCUGAGUCACAUUCAGCGCAUGAGCUGUUAAUUCUGCACACGGCUGAGGCACAGGAAUGGGCUACAUAUUUGCUGCAGAUCUUGAAAUCCUCUAGAAAAUUCCGCAAAAGGUCUAUUUUACUGCAUGCAGUCGGCACUGCUGAUCAGCACCAUGGAUAUGACUUUGAAUGUUUCCAAGGCUGCAAGUGCAUUGUGCUGCUCCUAACAGGGGCACUGCUGGACUUGCUCUAUGACUUGGAGCUGGAGGGAGCACUUCAGAGACUCCUUCAUCCUCCACAUAGAGUGGUGGCACUGCUGUGCGGCGUGCCGGAGGAUGACGUACCAACAGAGUGCUUCGAAGACUGGUCAAGCUGGAGAAAACUCUCCACUGAGGACGAGCCUGCUUUCUACGUUUCCACCAUUCUGGAGUCCAUCGCUGACAGCAGACGAAUGGAGGCUGAAUAUGAGAGCGCAGCUUUGGCUAUAGCUGCGGCAGAGUUGCACAUCGCACCAGCCACUUCAACUGAAAAUCGCUCCAGUGAUAAGUCAGAGGAAGUGGAGUCAAAACAAGAAACUGUCCUGAAGGAUGAAGAAGCAGUGCACACAGAGAAUUCAACAAGCGAGGAACUAAAUACAUCAACGCAGCUCACCUGUCUCACCGUUCAACCAAACAGAGUUCGGUGUGGGGAACGGGAGAAACUUUUUAUUAUUUUCACACAUAAAAUAGAUGAUUGCUCGGUACCAGAGGUGGAGUUUUCAUCUGAAAAUGUAACUAUAAAAAGGGUCCCAGGCACUCUGGAGAAUGAAUACACUCUAAGUGUUAAUGCACCUGAUAUGCCUGCUGGAGUGGUAUCACUCGCCAUGUACACUGACCAAUCGUGUGUCAGCUUGAUGCCUGUUACAUAUUAUACCAAUAUGGGAGAAGUCAGUCAAUGCCUUGAAAAUGCGACUGAUCCUGUAAACUUCAUCUGCCAGGCUUUCAACUUGACAUCCAAUGCAACAGAAUCACUGGACAAAAUGCUAACUGACUCGUUAAAAUCCAGGAUGCCUGCCACUAGUCUUCAGCUGUUUGGAAUCAGACAGAUUGAAGAAGACAAUAUGGCAACAUAUCAGCGAAAUGAGGAGCUUCCCACGCUGCUCCACUUUGCUGCAAAGUACGGCCUGAAGAAGCUGACCACCAUUCUCCUUCAGUGUCCCGGAGCUCUGCAGGCUUACAGCGUGAUGAACAAGUUUGGAGACUACCCAAACACACUGGCAGAGAAGAGUGGCUUCACUGAUCUCAGACAGUUCAUGGAUGAAUUUGUUGAGACAGCAGACCUGCUCAAGUGCCACAUAGAGGACUCCAUGAACACAGAGGAGAGCGCAGAGGUGUAUGAGUCAAUGUCAGCUGCCUCUCAAGAUAUCAUGAUGAAAUACUCCGGUUGCUCAGAGGACAUAUAUGAGUCAAUGCUGGGGAUUAAUCCUGAAUGUGCAGAGGACCUAUACGAGGUGAUGACAGCAGUAGACGAGAACCCAGAGGAAGCUAUGCUUAGGAAAUUCUUCCAAGCUAAACCACAGGCCAGUGUGAACCUGGACAACAACAACAAGCAUCUUAAAAGUGAGGAAGAGGAAAAAGACAGUCAUAAUGACUUAGAUCAAAUUGAAGAAGAGGAGGAUCCAUACAACCUCCUCCCAGAGGAUAUCUAUGAUACUGUGGAUGCAAACGGAGCCUAUGACACAGGAAUCCGGAACCGUCCGCCAGCCCCCAUCCCCAGACCAGAGCCCGACCCUGAGGCUGAAAAACCUAUGACUUACAUCUCUAGAGUCUUUUCAGAUAAAGAUACGUCCCAGAGUAAAACGAUGAAAACAGGGUAUCCUGCAGCUCGGCCUGCGUGCGAACCCCCCUUUUCUGUUUAUGACCCUUACGCUGGGAUGAAGACACCUGGACAGAGACAGCUCAUAUCUCUGCAGGAGAGGGUAAAAGUCGGGGAAAUUACUGUGGAUGAGGCAGUCCAAGAGUUCAAGGCCUGGCAAUUUGACCAUGAGCGGAGGUCCAGCUCAAUACGCUAUCAGCAGGAAAAUCUGAAGAGAUUACGAGACAGCAUCACCAGGCGUCACAAAGAGAGAGAGAAGACAGGAAAGGAGCUUGAUUAUGAGAUAAGUGCUCCGCUGCAGAGGAACUUAUAUUGGGGCUCCAGCAUGACAUUAGAGUGUGCCGUGUAUGAGUCAUCACCCAGAGUGGUGGCACUGCCUCCUCUACCGGCUCAGGUUAUCCAGAGAGGCAGCUGGAAGACCGGCAGUACAUCCAGCACAUCCAGUACUGAGAGCAACAGACUCAGCACUCACAGCACCUUUAGCUACAGCAGCGGGACAGAGCCUGAAUUUGAGGAUUCAAUAGAAAAUCUUCCUCCUCCACCACGACCCCCGCGGCGGUCUGAUGCUCCUCAGAUAACUCCACCCAGGAUUCCUCCCCGGAUCCCAGAAAGGGUGCCAGAGAAGAUGCUGCAUGAGCGCUACAUAUCCUGCCCGACUCGAGCACUUCCUCAAAGACCAACUCAGAGACACACAAACUCAGCACCCCCUGUACCUCGCCGUCUGCGGUGAUCGACGUGUCUACUUUUGCUUGAUAUAGUUACUAAUGUAGUACUUUAUGAGGCUUGGAGGAGUUUGAAAGACAUUUUGUUUCUCAGUGAACAACCAUCAGGAUUCAACAAGAUACUGUAAAUACAUGCAGCGAGACAGUUUAUUUUCUUUUCUCUUUCUGUUUUAAUUUAAUAUAUUGGUGAUAUAUCAGUGUACCUAACAGAGUGAUUUAGUUCCAUAACAUUUAUUGUGUGUGUGUGUGUGUGUGUGUGUUCAAAUUAGUUUCUGUUGACAUUCCCUGUAUGUGUCGUUGUAUUUGUUUAUUGUGAAAACUUGGGUGACAUAUUUAAUCUGUAAUAGGUUAAAGUGGUUUUUUUUCUUACAGGUUUUUAAUUUCAUGUGUGGAAAUAUUUGAAAAUUAUUAUUACUGUUAUUAUUUGUGUUAUUUUAUAUCCCAUCGUUUUUAAGUGUGCUUAUACUUCAUUUUUAGUUGCUUUGAAAAUAUAUUAUACUUACUUUACCUCAAAUGAUGUCACCGUUAUGAUGUCUUAAAUGACUUUCAGUUUGAAUGUGAUAUUUGUGUAAUAUCUUUCUUAAAGUUGGAGAUUUCAUACAUGGAUGAUGAAAUGAAUGAAUGUCUUUAGGAAGUCAGUUUUUUUGUACAUUAAAUUUACAGUAUGUUACUUCUUUUUACAAUGAAAUAUAAAAAAAAAGUUUAAUGGGUUCUUUCUCUAUCUAGUGGCUCAUUUAAAGCCUGAUUUAUUUCUUUUGUGAUAUGAGGUUUGGUCACUUGAUGGCGCUCCACAUUCUCUGUUUUUCCUGUGUGUAAAAACGUUUUUUAAGUUUAUUUUAUCUCCUUAAGCAUGCAGUGGUUUAAUGAAAUUAUAAAUGACCUCAUGGUUAUGAAUAUAAAUGCAUCUUGACUGCCAAAACUGUCCUCUGUAAAGUUCUGGGAUGGGAGCCACAUGUACAAAGUGUAAGUGAGUGUCUCCAGACAGGACUUCUGGUCAAAACUUUUAAAGUAAAAUCUUAACUAAUGAACACACAGAAGCAAAGUGAGGCAUCUGUAGAAACACAGUUACAGGCAUGUUUUAUAUUAUUACUCACUGAAAAUAUUUGUGAUUUCUAUGGAGAAUUUUCUGUGUUUGACUGAUAAAGUGUGAGACACACCAAGAUGAAAAAAAUAUGAAUGAAUGAAAAACAAACUCAUUUCUAUUGACUGUUUUAAGUCAAGGGAGGAAGCUUGCAGACACAUCUUAUCUGAUCAUGUCUGUACUUGUUUGCAUUCUUUGGAAACCAAAAUUAGUGACCAACUGUUUUUUCCUGUGGCCUGUGUCACACAAACAGUGGCUUACAUCUUCUCAAAUGUGAGAGAUGAUAAAGAAA